GAUGGUGAAGGCAAAGAAGGCGGCUCAGGCUGCUGCAGUGGGAAAAAAGUGAGGAGCCAAACCCUGCUGUCUUCUUUCCUUUGUAGUGAGGAGAGACAGGUACCAGCAGGAGCAGUAGUGGUAACAACAGCAGGAUGUGGAGCUUCAGCAAGAUCCUGCCAUACUCCUGCUAUGAGCUCGGCCACUGCUGGAAACACUCGUGCUCCUCAGCCUCCUUUGAAAUCUGUAUCAUUGGGUUCAUUGAAAGCAUCAAAAUCUAUGGUGUGGUGUACUUGACACAUUCUGCAGCACUUCAACUUUUUCACAGUCUCCUUUGUGCCAGGGUUCAUUGGCAGCCUCAUGGCCAUCCUAGUGGAACGGCCAGCACGACGAACACUCCUGGGCAUCUAUGUUACCAAUGUGCACUCAUCCAGGUGGAGGUAGAACCAGUGGGACGAUGGUUCCACAUAUAUGAGGCACGGCGUCUGCGGGGCCACCUCACCUCCUCAGUUGGGGAAAGUGAAGAGGAGAGUGAGGAGGAGGAGGCUCAGGAGGUGGAGGUGGAGGAUGACAUACACUAUCUUCGCUCUCUCAACCCAGCAGACUGGAAGGACCAGGAUCAUUAUGCAGUACUGGGACUCCGAAAGCACAGGUACAAGGCCUCUGAUGAUGACAUCAAAAGAGCGUACCGCACGAUGGUUCUGUGGCACCACCCAGACAAGCGGCGAGCAGCUGGGGAGGAGGUGAGGGAUGACGAUGACUACUUCACCUGCAUCACCAAAGCCUAUGAGAUUCUCGGGGACCCCAUCAAGCGACGCUCCUGGGACUCGGUGGACCCAGAGUUUGAUGACGAGGUGCCGGCUGUCAGUGCACACAAUAAGGCAAACUUCUUCCAGAUUUUCACAGGGGUGUUUGAGUGCAAUGCUCGUUGGUCCACCCACAAGCACGUUCCUGGCUUGGGCAAACCUGAUGACACCAAACAAAAGGUUGAUCGCUUCUAUGGAUUCUGGUACGACUUUGAUUCCUGGCGAGAGUUUUCAUAUCUGGAUGAGGAGGAAAAGGAGAAGGGACAGGACCGGGAGGAGCGUCGAUGGAUAGAGAAGCAGAACAAGGUAGAGCGAGCGAGGCGUCGGAAGGAGGAGAUGGGUCGAUUGCGCAGGCUAGUUGACAAUGCAUAUGCCUGUGACCCAAGGAUAGCCAAAUUUAAAGAAGAAGACAAGGAAAGAAGACUGGCUCAGAAAAAGGCUAAAGCAGAGGCAAUCAGGCAAAAACAAGAAGAGGAGGAGAGGGUAAGGCAGGAAGCUGAGGAAGCAGAGAGAAAGAAAAGAGAAGCAGAGGAGGCAGAGCAAAGAGCAAAACAGGAGGUAGAAAAGAAGGAAAGAGAGGUGCUGAAGAAAGCAUUCAAAAAAGAGAGGAAGAUGCUGCGGACUCUCUGUAAGGACAACAGUUACUUUGCAUCAGAGGAGGGGGAGCGAGUGCAGACCAUGACAGAUGUGGAGCUGCUGUGUGAGGCACUGGAGCUGACCCGCCUGGAGGAACUCAACAAGGAACUAGCACAAGUGGCCCAGGACAAGAUGCAAGGGUGGGAGGUACUCAUGAAGGAGGUGAGUGAGGUGCGCAACAGGAUCAAAAAGGAGAGGGAGGAGGUGGCAGCAGCGGCAGCAAGGGGAGGUGGUGGAGGAGGAGGGGAAGGUUCAUCACUCAAAGUCUGGAAUCAAAGAUGA